AUGAUAAUAAGUUCUUGUACUUUUAAUACAAUAUUAUGUUCUCCUGAUUUAGCUAGUGGAAAAUAUUUCGAUAGAGUUAUUACAAUUGUUUUAGAAAAUACUGAUUAUACUGAAGCAAUUAAAGAUAAAUAUUUAUCAUACUUGGCAAAUCAGGGAAUUUUAUUAUCAAAUUUUCAUGGAGUUUGGCAUCCUUCACAACCAAAUUAUAUUGCAAUGAUCCGUGGUUCAAAAGGUGGUGUCGUAAGUGGUGGAUUUGUAGGAGAAGUGUCAGAUGAUAAAUUAUAUUAUCGUAAACAUAAUCCUUUCAUUUCAAUGACCAAUAUUAGAACUAACCCAUCACUAAUUAGCAAAAUUUCGACUCGAAAUAUGUUAAAAAAAUAUUCAUUUUCAAAAAAUAAUAAAAUCAUGAAAACAAAUAUUUUAUUAUUCAACAAAAACACUGAUAAUGACACAGGUGCUAUUAGUAAAAGAAAUAAUAGCAAUGAUUAUAUUGAUGAUGAUUAUAAAGAUAUCGAGAGAAUAAAAUUAUUAUUAAAAUCAUACUUGAAUAACUAUGAUAUUAAAGAUGUUAAUUCAAAAGUUCUAAUCAACGAACCUUGGUAUAAUACAACUGAUUUAUUAAUUAUACCAAAUAAUAAUAAUAACAACAAUAAUAAUUCAUCAUCAUCAUCAUCUGAUUUUCAAAUAAAUGAUUAUCAUAGAAAAAUUAAAAAUUAUGUUUAUAAUGAAGAUGGUAAGUAUUUAGGAAUUGGAUUCGGUGCAGAAAUUUUUUGUGGAUUAUCAUCACCACAAACACAUAAUAACAAUAAUAGUGACCUUAAAUUUUUUCUUGGUAAUUAUUGGAAAAAAAAUUUAUCAUCAUCUGUUAAUGAAGAUUUAUCAUUAAUUUUAAAUACUGAAAAUAAUAAAAAAAUCAAAAUCAAAAAAACUAAAAUUUUAAAUUCAAUUGGAUAUUUUGAAAAUACUUCAAAGUAUUCAAAUAUUUCAACUAUUGCAUACAUCAAAGAAAAUGAUGAUGAUGGCAAAAAGGAACCUGUGAUUAUUAAAUACAAUAAUAUUGGAAAAUGCAAAGUUAUAUUGAGUGGAAUAGAUUUAUUUAAUAAUGAUUUAUAUUCAUUUGAUGAUAGAUUAUUAUUAUUAAAUUUAAUAUUUUCAGAACUUGAAGUAAAAUUUAAAUAUGACAAUGAUGAAUUUUUCAAUUUUAAAAAAUUUUUUAAUAUUCUUUGUAAUGAAAGAAGUUUAUUAAGUAAAGGUGACAACAAUUUAGAAUUUGGAUCUAUUUUAUUAUAUGGUGAAGUAGUAACAAGUACUCAAACAAUACUUGAAAGCAAUCUCAAAUUGAAAAAGAAGUUACCAAAUGGAUUUAUUUUUUUAACUAAUCGGCAAAUUCAAGGUCGUGGACGUGGUAAAAAUACAUGGAUUUCACCACUUGGUUGUUUACAAUUCUCUUUCACCUUGAAUCAUUAUGACAAUCCUACAACUUCUGCGUCCGUAGUGUUCAUACAAUAUUUAUUAUCAUUAGCUAUAGUGGAAUCCAUUAGAACCAAAGAUGGUUAUGAGGAGAUUCCGUUAAGACUUAAAUGGCCAAAUGACAUUUAUGCAUUUAUUGAUGACAAUGAAUUUGUUAAAAUAGGUGGUGUACUGGUAAAUUCAAAUUAUAUUAAUAAAGAAUAUAAGCUGGUUAUUGGAUGUGGGCUUAAUGUAAAUAAUCAAUAUCCAACAAUUUCAAUUAAUCAAUUGAUUGAGAUUUACAAUAAAAAAAACAAAAAUGCUGAAGAUUUGAAAUUAUUUUCACAAGAAGAACUUUUAGCUAUGAUAAUUGUAAAAUUUGAAUAUUUUUAUAAAGACUUUUGUAACUAUGGCAAAGGAUUUCGACCUUUCAUUGAUAUUUAUUAUAAAAGAUGGUUACAUGAGAAUCAAAUUGUAACAUUAGAAACUUAUAAUAACCAAAGAGCAAAAAUAAUUGGUAUAACUGAAGAUUUUGGAUUUUUAAAGGCAAUUUUGCAUAUGCAUCAAAAACAGUUCUGA